AUGAUCCAGAACAAAGCGUUGAUUUUCAAAGAGCCCCCGGAGGCGCUUCCCGAGAAAGGGAAGCACUUGGAUCUCCGAAUUGGGGAAUUUCACCCUGACGCGGAGCCGCCGCAAGGCGGAUUCACUGCCCAGGUUUUACAUGCCUCCCUUGACCCUUAUCUGCGGCACUGCAUGGUCCCUGCGGGCGCGGCUAGGGAUGGCUUUCUACCAAUGGCGCCCGGGAGCGUGAUUUCCAACUCCUGUGUAGCGAGAGUUCUCAAAUCUGACACUCAGAACCUGGCUUGCGGAGACGUGGUGAUUGGCAUGGCGCCAAUUCAAGAAUAUAUUGUCGUCGCAGCACAUGAAGUCGCGGAAUUCGAGAAGUUGGACAACCCUUUGGGGCUGGACCUCAAGUUGUUUUUGGGUCCCAUGGGCUUUCCGGGACUGACAGCUUACUCGGCUCUGUACGAAGUGGCCAAGCCUAAAGCAGGUCAGACGAUCUUUAUCUCAGCGGCUCUGGGCGCCGUGGGCCAAGUUGUUGGCCAGAUUGCGAAAAUCGAAAACAUGAGAGUUAUUGGCAGCGUUGGUAGCGACGAGAAGUUGAGACUACUCAAGGACAGGAUUGGGUUCGAUGAUGGUUUCAACUACCGGCGUGGCAACAUCACGGAGCAACUCAGAAAAGUCGCACCCGAAGGCAUUGAUAUCUACUUCGAUAAUGUUGGGGGUGAGCAACUGGAUGCAGCCAUUGAAGCGAUGAAUGACUUUGGUAGAAUUGCGCAAUGUGGCUACUCGUCACAAUACAGCGUUCCCCAUAAUCAACGAUAUGGCCUCGUUAACUACCCACAAAUCAUCUCGAAGAGGGUCAGCUGGCGAGGGCUUCUUGUCAUUGAUGAAAAUAUGGGUAACGCAUAUCAACAUGAACACCGGGAGAGAAUGUCUAAAUGGAUUGCCGCCGGCACACUUACCCCGAUAAUGUAUGACAUUAACGGUAUCGACAAUAGCGUGCAAGGUCUGAUUGAAUUAUUCAAGGGCAACAACGUUGGCAAGGCUGUGGUUAAUUUUGUCUCAAACUAG